UUGAAGGUAAUAAACAAUGGCCACGACACAACUGAAUAGGGCACGAACUAUCAAGAAAAUCGAAAAACCUCGGCCACUCAAACUUAAUCAGCGCCAUACGACCGUCGAUGGACGGAUCACGACAGUGGAGGACAUAGUGUCCUUAAUCGACAAUGUUACGAUGCAAUUAACUAAUGGCUUCCAUGACCAAACGCUGCAAAUGAAUGUGAUUACAAUGUGUAAUCAUCUCAAACUUUAUGCACAUCAGUUAGAAGCUAUUUACAAAGAUCAGCUGGACAGAGCUUUUGUCGCAAUAAGGAAUGGAAGUCAAGACGAGAGACUAGAUCUGACGACUAGGGUUCAUUUGCUGGAACUUAUAGAAUUGCGAGCUAAACAAUGGCGUCACACAGACUCUAUGGAUGUAUAUUAUACUCAUAAAUUAUCGCAUCUUGAUAAUACAGAAGGAACUCUAGAAACACUUGCGAAUCCAUUGGCUUCACCUUUGACGGUAGUUCCACCUACUGCUACAUCUAUUUUGGGUCCUGGUGAAGUAAUAAAAAAUAGUGGCAAAUUUGCGAAGCCUACUCGGAUUCCUGGUAAAAAUUAUUGCAAGGAUGAAGUUGUUAUACGUAACAGUGAUUCUGGUAAAGUGAUGGGAAUAAAAGGGCGUCGUGUUCACAUGAUCGAAGAACUGAGCCAGACGAUCAUCUCCUUCCAGCGAGUAAACCCUGGGGCUAAAGAACGACUUGUCCAAAUAACUGGUACUUCCGAGGACAAGAUACAUUAUGCGAAGGAUUUAAUAAAGGAUACGAUUCAACGAAAUGCAUCUCCGGUACGGUUGGAGCAAGGUGGAGGAGAAAAAGGAGGUAUAGGAGGUUCAAGCUCUUCUUUAAAUAGUAGUGCAUCUGAAGAAAGUAAUCGAUUGCAACAACACCAACAACAAAAUUCUCGUUUGAGAAGUUCGCUCCUUCAUAGCUUCUCCACCAACGACGCCAGUAUUGGCGAAUAUAAAUAUACAGUUACAGUCGAUAAUCAAUCCCUUAAGAUUACAGGAACAAAUUUGGAUCUUGUUAGGACUGCAAAAUUAGUGCUGGAUGAAUAUUUCUUAGGAGAUUCUGAACAAUUUGGAAGUGGAAUAGAAUAUUUUACCUUUGACGAAAAACCUGCUUCAUCUGAUAAUAAUUUGUCACAAACACCAUUAACUCCAAGUAAUACCGUUUCGUUAGGACGAGAAUUAAGUAUGGAUAGUGCAGCUACUUCUGAAAGUGAAGAAACAUAUAAAUCACAUCUUGCUACAGAACUUCAGUCAUCUGAUCAAGAUCCAGAAAUCAGAGAACUCACUUAUGAGUUCUUGCUGCUAUGUUCCACAGGCCCUUAUGCAAAACGGCCUCCUGCAGAUUGGGCUCGUAUACAGAAGGAAUGCCCGAAUAUUGUUCGUAAGGCACCGAUUCGCUGGUUCGAACCGGAGACAUACAAAGCAAAAGUAGCAGCAGCUGGUGUCAUUGCAAUAUUACCUGCUGGUGAAGGAGAAACAGAUCCUGAGUGAGAUUAUAUUUUCAAAUCAUCCUUAUAUACAUUGCACAUUUAGAGAAACAAAAUCUUCCAGUUUAUCUCGUGCCUUCUUGCGAAUGCAUUGUGAUAAUUAAUAUGAUGGCAGUAACAAAGAACAACUGUAAGUUACACGUACUUUUACAAUUGUACUAAAAUAUGUAUUGUGAUUUUAUGGAAAUUUUGCAGAAAAUUUUCAUUACUCAACAUUUCAUUACAACAAGAUCACGUAGAUAUAGUUAUACUAAUAGUAUGAUGUUCUUAUAUACAAAUGCAAUUUUGAAUCUUACAAAGCAUUUAUGCUUGGUACAGAUAUAUCGGAACAAUGCAAAGUUAUAUACAUAAUAAAAAUUCACGAUUAGUUGGUCAUAAUUAAUAUGACACAAUUUAGAUUUGUAAAAAAUAUCAAAUCUAACUUGAAUUGUCAUCUGUAUUAGUAAUACUAUAAAAAAACACUAUUAAUGUGGACUGGCUGGGACCAUGUCAAACUAAUUACAGUGAAAAAUUAAAUAUAAAAGAUAUUAAAAAUAGUUUUCAAUUACAAAUAUAUAUCACGUGAUUGUUUCUAUAUUCUUUGUUGUUUAAUUUUUGCAUCAUUAAAGCUUGUUAACACGAGUAUUGCUAUAUCAUUUAUAGCACUAUAAUAUUUGUUUAAUACAAACAAAAUAUAUUAAAAACAGAAAUUUUUUAUAUAUGAAUCAACAUAAUUUAACGAAAUUUUGUGUAUAAUAAUGAGAAAUGGCAAUACUUUGUGUGUUUAUGUUAUUUUUUUUCUUACUAUUCUUAUCUUGUUUAUUGACAAUAUUGUGGCAGUUUGUUAAUUACAAUGAUGAUAUUAUAUGAUUUACACAUCAAUUUUGUACUAUUAAAUGAGAUCAUAUUUGCAAAUGUCCUUGUAUCAGCAGAAUAUGUAUAAAAAUUAUAUCGUGUAAAUCUUCUUUAGAUAAACAAAUCAAAAUCUGCAUUGUUGCAAUUUGUCUGUGAAUAGAAAGUAGAAAUAUCUUUGUUUCUGUGAACACAUAUUUUCUUGCUAUGCAAAGAAAAGAUGAUCGUACAGAAUAGUGAUUUAUCAUAGUCUAGUCUAUUUAUCAUGUAUAAUGAAAAAUACGUAGAAACAGAGUUUAUUGAUAUAGUAAUUAUUUUGCUCUGACACAUCAACCAAAAUGUUUAUAGUCAUACAGAUUUUACAUUUUAUAAACUAAAAUGCUAAUUAUACUUGCAGUACUGAUUAUGUCAACGUACUAAAAUAUUUCAUUGUCUCUCGAGUAAUGCAGAAAAAUUAGUAUUAAUAUUAUAAUGUUACCAGAGAAUGAAAAUUAUCUCUCUUUUAUAAAUAUAGUAAAUAUAUAAUAUAUAGUGAGAUAAAUGAGUACCAUUUAUCGUACGUUUAUAGUACGCAAUGUAAUCAUGCUGCAUAGUAAUUAUAAUGCUUUGUUUAUAAGUUUUUACACUAUUUAAUAUUUAUUAUAAAUUUGAUGCACUUAUUUUAAAUAAAUUAUUAUGAAGGAAUAUAAUAAGGCAUGUUAAUUUAAUUUUACAAAUCUUAGCUACAUCAUUAGUAUUUAAUUAUACUUCGACAUUUAAUAAUAAAAUAAUAAAAUAAGAGAUACUGAAUAAUACAUAUUUUUACUGAUUUCUGUUACAGAUAAAUAUUAAAAAUUUUCUAUAUUGUUAUUUAUGAAUAUGACAAUAUAAUAAUACAUAUGUAUUUAUAUUGCUUAGUAUCAUGUAUUCUUUCCGUAUAUUAUACUGAAUGAAUUUAAUGAAUACAACCUGUUUCUUUCAAUACUGUAGUUUUUUAUUAGUUCAGUAUUGUACAGAAAUGAUUGAUAAUGUUCAAAGAUGUACAUUCAAGACCUACACUUUUAAUUUGUGCAGGCUCGGCUGUAUUUUGAACGUCAAUUAUAUUCUUAUGUUUUGUAAAAGUUAAAAAUUUUAUAUUAUAUAUUAUUGUGUACAUAGAAUCGGAAAUCUAUACACUGAUUGCAUUUUAUAAUUUGUCCUGACAGUGUCUUCUAUAUUGCAAUUUUUUUCCAACAUCUAUGAUUAAGUAAUAUAAUAUUAUCUAUAUUCAUAUACAAAUUAAUCUAAAGAAAUAUUUUAGUCUGAAGUGUACAUAAGCAGUCCCUCUCUCUAUUUAAUAUUAUAUUAAAAAGAAUCCUUAUACUUGAUGACAUUAAAUACAAAAUAACGCAUAAACAGUUACUAUCUAAAUGUGCAAUUAAUGAUUAAAUAUAAUGAUUAAAUAUAAGAACGAUAGAAUGUACAUGUACUUCGAGAAACUGUUAUGUAUGACUUAACAGACUAAUUAAUAUGUAAUUAACAAAUAAAUUGGCAGUUCUGCAAAGUCAGAAUUGCUAAUACAUAGUUACUUAAAUUGAGAAAAUAUUUCCUAUAUAUUUAAGAUAUAUAUUGACACAUUGCCACACUUCUUAAAAUAGGAAUUUGCAAAAUUGUUCCAUUUAUUCCACAUAAUACCAUUUGUAGUAUAUUGCAAUUUGCUGCUUAUAUAAAUUAUAAGUAACUAACUUUGUUUAAUUGUGUUUAAAAGGAAAAAAUAUUUUGAGAUAAUUAGUCCUAUAUCAACUCUAUUUAAAUGAGAUGCUCUUUUCAUCAAAACAAUUAAGAAAUAGUCUUUUACAAUCGUCAUUACUUGAGUCCCAUUAUCUGUUAUCCAGAUAUCAACAUCUAUCAAGUUUAAAUUAUGGAAUUUUUUUUAAUACAAAUAAGUAUGAAAACAUGACGUUUUACAAUAUAAUCUUGUAAAAUAUGAGUGACACAUAUAUGCUAUAUUUAUGUAUAUGUAAAUACACAGUGUCACUUAACUAUAUUAGGUCACGUGAAAAGAACACUUCCAACGUUAAAUAGUAAAACUUAUUUUUGUCAAUGGACUAUGAAGUAUAAAUAAUGUUUUCAUGCAUUGCAGUCAAUGUAUUUUCUAGAAUCACUGUCACCAUUGUGCAUAAUGUUAUCACGUAUACAAAUGAUGUGAAAAAUUAAUCAUACAGGCAUACAUUAUGUUCACAUUUAUGAUAAUCUACGUUUUUUUCUUUUUUUCUUUUUUAUAAAACAUAGAUCGCAAAAGCGAUAAUUUAUUUAAAUAGAUCGCCAUACCAAUAGUUUCUUUAAGGGAUUAUAUGCAAAUCGUGUUUGCAGAGCAAUUUUGCGUUCUAAAUGUUAUUUAUACCAAAAAAAUUAGCUUGUUCUACUAAGGUCUACUUUUCUAAUUUAUAAUGAGAAAAUGUUAAUGACUUGAAAUGACAUUAUUAUAUAUGUACAAAAAAAUCAAAUGAAGAAAAGAAAUAUAAAUUGUCUAUUUGAUAGCUGCAUUUACAUAAGUUUGAUGCACUUAAUUAAUUGUGGCUGUCAACAUUUUCGACAAUAUACUAUUUACAGUGCUACAGCCCAUACAUAAAAUAUUUAUCUAAACUUAGAGGUUAAAAGAAGAUUAUCUUAUAAAAGCAUCCGAAAUAUCCUCUAAAUUUAGACUCCGCACAAAUUUGAUAUUUGUCUAAUUCACACGCAUAAGAAAUUGUCACCUAAUAUAUCUUACUUUUUUAUUUAUCAAACUAUUCAUUUUUCUUGAUUAUUUACGAGACUAAUUGAACGCUAUACGCAGAUAUACAACGAUCGCUAAAAUUUUUAUGCAUGAUUGCCAGGCGAUCGAUUUGAUACUGCUAUUAAGUAUUAAUUAUAUACUGAAUAUCAAGUCUCCUCACUACAAUUUUAAUAUUCUAUAUAAAAUGUGUCCAGCCGUUCUUAUAUUUAUUUAUGUAAAUACAAAAAAUUAUAUCAUUCUUGUAUUUCCCUAAUAAAACAGAAAUUCACUAAAUACUCUUAACGAAAAAUAUGUCGUUACAUAAAAGCAGUGUUUUAUGGGGUUAAAAGACAUAGUCUGGUCCAGCCAUGUCUAUCGCCCAUCUGAAUUUAUCCCUUUGAGUUUUAUUAUAAAUUUUUUCGAUUGGGACAUUAUGUUUCUUGCACCUAAAUAAAAAAUAAUUAUUUUAUAUUUUUUUUUUAUCUAAAAUAUGCACUUAUAUAUCAUUAUAAAACUCUGAUAUUUACCAUGCAACAGAAAUUCUUGGAUCUAAAUAAUUAAGUUUAGAGGUUCCUAAUGCAAUUUCUUUAUUUUCUUCUCUAUCAGUUGCUUGAACCUCUAAUUUCGUCAAUUGUUCCUUCAAACGUUCUAAUGUUUUCUUUUUCUUCUCAUAAACACUAUAGGGACAAAUAACACUUAAAUAUGUAUUCUUGAUGUAUAUAUAUAAAGGAAAAUAUUACAAAUAAAAUAUUACAUACA